GUUCAGUUUAGUUCGAACUUGCGCCGGGUUGAAGUGUGUAACGAAUGUUGUUUAUUAUAUAAAUUUGUUUACAAACAUUAUUUUAAUUUAUAAUCUUCUAAUAUUUUCAAACAAAUGGCAGAACAAUUAAUGAAUGAAUUAGAAAAAGCUGCGCAAAUAAUUUUGGCACCACCAAAUUUAGUUACAACAGAACAACGUCAUUCUGCAGAAGAAGUUUUUUUAAAUUUUCGAAAACUUAAAUCUCCUUAUGAACUCUGUAGUCAAAUUUUAGAGACUAAUACAAAUGAUUAUAUUGUUUUUGAAGCAGUUGGCUUAAUAAAAAUAGCAUUAAUACGGGAAUGGCCAUCAUUAUCACAAAUAGAUAUUUCUUCAUUAAGAGAUUAUCUGUUACGUUAUGUUAUAAACAAACCAAACUUACCUCCAUAUGUCAAAGGAUGUAUAUUGCAAGUUAUUGCAAUUAUAAUAAAAAGAGGUAGUGUAAAUGACUCUGGACAGGCUCGACAAACCAUAUUAGGAGAAGUUGAAAAUUUAAUAAUGACUGGUGAUUUACCAAGAAAACUUCUGGGAUGUAAUCUUAUUUCUGCAAUAAUGCAAGAAUAUGUAAUCAAUUCUAAGUCUACAAAUAUAGGUUUAACAUGGGAAACACAUUUCAAUGAAAAGAAGAUAUUUCAAAAUAUUGAUUUGAAAAGAAUUUUUAAAUUUUGUAUUGGAAUAAUUGAAGAAUUAAUUAAAAAAGAUUUACAGGAAAAUAGCAUAACUUUUCUGAAACAAUUACUCCCAAUUUUAGAAAAUAUAUUUACAUGGACAUUUGUUUACGUAAAACAUACAAAAGAUGUAUUGGAAGAUGUUCGGGAAUCGAUAAACUGUGUACCUUUGGAAUUGGAUAAAGAUUGGGAAGAUAUAAUGUUAGUCCCAUCUAUAUUAGAUUUAAUGUUUACAUUGUACUGGAAAAUACGAGAAAAUCCACACUUAGCUCAUCAUAUAAGAACAUGUUUAGUUCAAAUGGUAAAUUUGAGUGGAACAAAAACGCAAUCUGAAGAAAUGGAGAUGCAAUACUUCACUAAUUAUAUAGAAAGAUUUUUAAAAUUAAUUACAAGCGUUAAUAUUAUUGACGAAGAGGCAAGCGGAAUUGCUAAUAUCAUUAAGAAACUUUUUACAUCUUUUCAAAAAAAAUUUUACUCUUUAUCUGCUGAUGUAAUGAAAACAUUUUUGGAACAAAUGUCGCGGUUGACUUGCAUGUUUUUAAAAAAUGCAGCACAAGAAGAAUCAUUAAGCAUAGGCGAAUGUUUAUAUACAGAAGCUCUAGAUGCUUUAUUUGAUGCGUGGUUGUAUAUUUUAUCUGAAAAAGAUUUAUUCUCUCAGGAAUUUCUUAAGCAAACUUUUGUUCAAAUAUUUAGCAUAUAUUUACAAUGUCACUUAUCACCCCCAGAAGGCAUAAGAAAUAUUGAAGAUAAAGAUCUUGAAAAGGAAGAACUGGACAAUGAAAAUGCUGAUAAAGAUAAAUUCAAAGAACAUUUACAAAUAAUUGGAAUUUUUGGUAGACAAAUACCAAAUUAUACCCUUCCAUUAUUGGCACAAUUGAUCGAAGAUCGUACUUUUAAAUUACGUGAAAACUUCAAUAAAUUAUUAGAACAAAUUGAAUCACUUCAUACAAUGAAAAAUGAUUCUCUAUCUAGAUUAUAUGAAGACAUACAUUGGCUAGUUCUUAUGAUAGGAAAUAUACUUUGCAUGGAAUCUGAUGGUGAACUUGCUUUAAUACCUACUGAAAUAAUGAGAUAUGAUAUGGAACAGGUGCAACAAGGAAAAGUUGAUAUGAAUUUUACAUUACAAUUUUUAGCUUCAUCAGAAAAUAUUUCAUCUUCCAUUGAUAUUGCCACAGAAUCAGUAGAUCAUGUCAUUCGGUUAGUUGCAAGUAUUUUUCGUUUAUGUGUCAUAGAAAAAGCUGCAAUGUCUGUUCUAUUAGAUAAUAUACUAAGCCCUGAAUUAAGUUGCACCAUAAUUUGGUUUCUACACAAAUGGUCUUCACAUUAUCUUUUAUCAAUAGAAUAUCAUUAUUCUGAGAUAUCUCUUACAUUUUUACAUACUUUCGGAGAAAAUACUGCAGGUGCAGUAUGGGCUAUAAAUUUUCUCUUAGAAAAAAUAGAAUUCAAUAUUAAUGCCUUCAAAAGUGAGCCUGCAGUAAUGGAAGAAACUAUUAAGUUAUUAAUAUCACUUGUUAGUAGAACAAAAAAAGCUGAUUAUGUAUUAAAAUCUGAACGCUUUGGAAACAUCAUCAAUUUGGCCAUAAAAGGACAACAUGACUUUCCGCUAGUAGUUAAAAAAGGAUUAAUGCAAGCAGUGGUCCAAGUUGCAAUUACUGUACAAAAUAAGAUAGAUCAAUCAUAUUGGACACAGACUUUGCAACCUUUGUUAGACAAAUUUAAACAAAUUACUUCAAACGAUAAAUUUUUGCAAUGUUACCAUCAAGAGGAAAUUAAAAUUCAAGUUAUAGAUGUUUUAGAAUGUUUUAUUGGAGUGGCACAAGGCGCACGAGGAUCGGAAAUAGGAUUACUAUAUCAGUACAUUCAACCGGUAUUACGCGAGCUACCAAAUUUAAUAUCUUUAUACCAUAAUUAUCAAGAUAUAGUACAAUUAAUCUUAGAGUUACUUUUUGAAUGUACAAAUGGACCAGAACCAACUGAUACUGCACAGAUAUCUGAGAUAUAUUUAAGUGCAAUACGAAAUUAUACGCGUUGUAAUACUAAUAGACUGACUAUAGAUUCAACUGCAGAAGAAGACAAUUAUCAAGAUAUUUUGUUACUGAUGAAACUUUUAACUAAUCUUUUAUGCGAGAAUAUAUUGCAAGAUAAAACAGUGUUUUUACAUGGUUUAACCAUAAUUAUGCCUAUGAUGACUACGGAUUUAUUAAAAUUUCCAUGUUUAUGUUUACAUUAUUUUCAAAUGAUAAUGUCUCUUUGUAAAGUUGGUUCCCAAAAAGUACUCAAUUUGUCGUCUGAAUUACUACGACCACUUUUAGCAUCGAUAGAGUUAGGUUUAUUCUCGUUUGGUCAUGAAGUAUCUAUGUUAUGUUGUAACAUAAUUGAAAUUUUAACAAGACGAAUUUUUCAAAAUAUUCAAGACGGCCGUCCAAGAAGUCAAAUAAUGGCACCGUUUUUAAAUUUACUAAUUACUGUUAUUUUAACACAUCAAGUUGAUUCAAAUUUUAUAUCAAAUGUGUGCAUAUCUCUUUAUUAUUUAAUACGCUGUUAUCCAGAUGAAUAUGACCAGAUUGUACAAAAUAUUUUAUCCAGUCAGUCGGAUCAACAAGUUGUACAAAGAUUAGCUGAUGCUUUUACAAAGUUGAAAAACAAAUUUAAUCCAAAUGAAAAUAUAAAUUUUCAUUGGAAAGACGUUUAUACAGAUAAGAAAAGAUUUAGAAAUUAUUUUGAUGAAUUUAUUUCUAAUGUACAGGGUUUUUUAAUGAUUAAAUAAAAUUAAUUGAACAUUUUAUUUAUUUUCCCUGAUUCCUAUCACAGGAAAGGAAAAGCAAAUUUUUAAUGUUAAAUUCAAUACAGGGAUACGUCAUAAAAGAUGUUCUUUAAGCAUGUAAGCUUUUUAUUGACCGAUUUAUUACACGUUACCACUUACAGUGAGUCUAGCGAAAAUCGAAUAAUUAUAAUAAUAAUAAAUACAAGUUACAGCAUCGAUGCAUGUUUUCUUUCCAUAGCAAACGAUCAAAAAUGAAAACGUUUCUGCAUUAGAGUUUUUAGUUACCUUACAAACAAGUACAUGAACUUACAUACUUGGUACAGGUCAAAUCAUCGUUAGCCUCUUUUUGUAUGUCUACAGAUGAUUUUCGACAUUUGACAAAAUGCUUGUGUUAAUAUUAAAUUUAUUUAUAUAUUUAUAUAAUAUACUUUAUCUAUAUAUAAGGUAUAUAUAUAUAUAUAAGCAAACAUGUCCUUUCGCGCUAUCUCUUUCGCACUCAUUCUCGCGCACACGCGUUUCUUCAUUCUCUCCCUUUUAAUUCCUCUCUUUCUCUCGUUCUCGUUUCUCCUUAAUUCCGUAUUUUGACUUCUAAUAACAACAAUGAUUAUUAAUUUUAUCGAUAGCGUUCCUGCAUUUUUGUUCAUAACGCUCGUAUCAUUUUUUUCUCCAUUCACUUGCAUGUCCUAUUUUCUUUUAUUUUUUUUUUGUUUUUUUUUCUUUUUUUUUUUUAAUUCGGCUCCUCCAUGCUUAAUAUUCAAUUUCUUUUUUUUCUUCGUGUAGUAAUAAACUGUGUCUUUAACCCCCUGAAGCAAUACUUUUCUUUUUACUUAAUUUUACUUACAUGCACAAUUGUUUGUUAUAUAUAGUAUAACAAAUAAAUUAUUCAUAAAUAACAUGAUUAAAAUAUAAAUGCUACAUAUCGUAAUAUUCAUAAAUAUAUUAUGCAUAUAUGUAAGUAUUAUGUCCUUGUACAGUUCAUAAAUAUUUUCUUAUAUAUUAAAAAAAAAGAGUGAAUAUCUUAAUUAUACACGGAUUAAUUUUUUUGUUAUGUAAAAGCGCAUUUCAUAAAUCUUUCGUAAAUUUUAAUCCUAGAUCUGUUAAAGUACAAUUAUUCUGUAGAUAUACAAUGAAUAUCUUAGAAAAAGCAAUGCAGAAAGAGUACACUUCUUGCAUCCUUCAGUUCAGAUUUUUAAUGUUCUUGCUUUCAAGAAUUAAUGUUAUGAAUAUUAUAUUUCUUAUAUGUAUUUUUUAUAUUUGUUACAUGGAUUUUAUCAUUCCCAUUUUAAAUAAGUAUUGGAAUCUCUUUGAUAUAUUAUUAGAGAUAAACAACAAUAUAAUACUGAACAUUAUUUUCUGAUAAAAAAAAAGGAUAUGAUUAAAAAAAUAUUGCACAAUGUUUUCCAUAGAUUUUGAAGGAUGAAAGAUCAUUUAAUUUUUAAAAUUAACCAAAAUUGUACUCCUUUUAUUACAAUAGGAAAAAUUAAAUAUGGACUCAUUUUGAGGAUAUUAUGAAACACAACAAAUCAAAUAAUUAAAUUUUAUCACGGUGGUAUUGUCCAUUAACUCGUUUAUUUUAUCAUAUUAUACUUUAUCUAAUUGGAAUUUUUUUCAAUAAAUAAACAAUCAAAAUCCCCAAUAAAUAUAUAUUUAUAUUUUAAGCUAUUUUAUAACUAUUUACGCAAAAAUUGUUAAUUGUAAAAUAUAUAUAUUGUAUACUUGGUAAUAUUAACUAAAUGCAUUUACAAUUUUAUUAAAUUCCAUUACUUUAAAAUAACUUUACUAAAAUAACUUAAAUUGUGGACUGUAAUUACACUAUGUGGUUGCAAAAAUAUAACAUAAAUUAAAAUAAAUAAUAUACAAUAUAAAUAGGUAAUAAAUAAUAAUAAUAUAUAUAUAAAUAUAUAAUAAAUAAUAAAAUUUAUGUAUACAAAGAAGAAAAUGACUACUGUUGACAUCAUCGGUUCAUUUCAUCUAAAUUUUUGCUUCAAAGGGUUAAAAGCGCCGAAUGCGUAUAUAACUUAUUAAAGUACGAUUUCUUGUUCUUCAUCGACACGUAUAUCGUCGUUAACAAAAUAAAACUAUCAGACUCUACAACAGUUAGUAAGCAAAAACGGUAACAGGAGCGGGACUCACUUUUGUGUAGACCACCGCGUACAAACGACCGAGGAAAUAAUCUGCUUUGAAAUUUCUUACAAACUUCUUAUUUUAUCUGUCGUUCAACACAAUAUGUUAGUAAUCGUUUUCCUGAUAUCUCGGUUACGUAAAAUUGGUAGAAAAAUUGAAAUACAGUUAAAAUUGAUUAAGAAAGAUAUCUCUUAAACGAUAAUGAUGACUAUGCCAGUAACUAACACUGACGAACGUUUGUACUGAAUUGAAAACAUGUCUGACUCGUCGUUUCGUCUAAAUAAUACUGCAAAUCAUUCGUAUUAUUAUUACAAACUUUUCCUGUUGUGACAGAAAAAUGUUUCUCUCGAUUCUUAUACUCGAAUACUGAUCUAUGCAGUAAGAGUAAAAAUUUAAGUCAGCGUUGCGAUCCCAACAUGUUACUUAUGAGUGAAGUAUUUGUUAUUCGAGGCGCAAAAUGUAUUAUACUACAGCAACACGAAACAAGAGGAAAAAGGAUUAUUUCGAUAACGGUUGUAAUAGACAAACAUAAUUACAUAAACGAAUUACUAACAAUGAAUUAUUCAACGAUUACUGUUUAGAAUUCGCGUUCGAAAUAAUCUGCACACUUCCUCAGCAUAGAAUCUCUGUUUCUCUUUUUUGUUUUCCUUUCGUUUCUCUUCUCUUUCGCUCUUAUCUCUUUCUCUCAAAUAUGAACACUCAGAAAUUCGUAAUCUCGCUACAUUGCCUUUUUCCUUACUUCUCUCUUUCUCUCCCUCUCUUUCUUGCUUUCUCUCGUGCCACAUCUUCUCUUUAAAGAGUAUACCUACAAUGUGUGUAUACUUGCCUUGUUUUCUAUGAUCGUCUUAGGAAUGUUUUAUUUAGGCAUAAAUAACUCUUCACUGUGUAUGCGUUCCACGCUUAAAAGAGACUCGCUUCGUACGACCGACUAAUAUCGAAAAAUUCGAAUAUACUGUAAGAUAGGUAUCGCGAACUCGCGGUGAUGUCUCAUCGACGUUGUGUACAUUUUGAUUGCGUCUCAAAAUGAACGGAGAGACCAAGGGAGGAGAGAGUUUGCAAUAUUCUGAAAGGUAAUAAUUUCAAUAUGAUUCGAACACGUAUAACACGCCUUUGCAUUUAAGAACUGUUUCCAUUAUCAUUUCAGUUUCAUUUUAUUUCUAUCCGGUGGCCAGGAGUUGUGGCUGACGAGUAGUUAA